AUGGCAAAUACAACCAUUAAAGGUGCUCUGGCCAUUCAUGGUCAAAAUCCACAGUUUCUAGUCGAAACCGUCAUCAGGAACCGUAUUUACGAAUGUCAGUAUUGGAAGGAGAGAUGUUUCGCGCUCACAGCUGAAUCGCUUAUUGACCGCGCGAUCGAGUUGAAUUCCAUAGGCGGCGUGUAUGGGAACAACAACCCGACGGAGUUCAUGUGUUUGCUCCUCAAGCUCUUGCAAAUUCAGCCGGAGAAGGAGAUUUUGAUUGAAUAUUUACAAGUGGAUGAAUUCAAAUACUUGAGAGCCCUGGCAGCUAUGUACAUACGCAUGACGUUCCGAGCUGUAGAGGUAUAUGAGAUCCUCGAGCCUCUUCUAAAAGACUACAGAAAGCUACGAUUACGGCAUGUUGGCGGCUACACGCUCACGUAUAUGGACGAAUUCGCGGACCAACUUCUACACGACGAACGCGUUUGCGACAUAAUCCUACCGCGAAUCAUCAAAAGAGAAGUACUAGAAGAGAACGGAGAGAUUGCUCCUCGAAAAAGCUUACUGUUGGAUGCAAUGGAAGGCAAGAGUGACCGAGGUCGAAGUAGAAGUCGAAGUGGGAGUGAGAGAUCAGGUUCCAGAUCUCGUUCAAGUCGAAGCCGCAGCAGGAGCAUGAGCGGAGAAAGAAGAUAUGUUAGUCGGUCACCAAGCAGGCGAAGUGGAUCGGCCUCAGAUGCUGGAUCACGCUACGUUUCACGGAGUCGUUCGCGCUCGAAGUCUGGCUCUCGUUCACCCUACCUAUCGCCAACGCGUAGCAUUUCCCCUGACCGCAUGGAUGCUGAUUCACCACCUCGCGAUAAUUCUGGAGCAGAGUAG